UCCGGCAGCAAACCCGGAAGUGAGCGGAUGUCACGUCCGGUGGUUCCUCGUCACGUGAUUGCCUUAGAAACUGUGGAACAUGGCGGCGCCCGUGUCUCCGCCGUUGGUGGCGGAAGAAGGGCCGGCGAAAGUGAGCCACAAAAAGUACAGAGCACUUUUGAAGAAAGAGAAACGGAAGAAAAAGAGACAAGCACUAGCAAGAUUGAGAGAUUCAGAAAAAGGAGAGAAAGAUGAACAGGUUUCUGAAAAGCUAGAAGAUGACGACCUAGAUGAUGAAGAAAAACAACUCGAAGAGGAAAGGCAGAGGCUUCAUGAGGAGUGGUUGCUGCGAGAAGAAAGGGCACAAGAAGCUUUUAAGAUCAGGAAAGCAAAAGAAGAGGCAGCAAGAAAACGUCAAGAAGAGGAAGAGCAAAGAAUAAAAGAAGAAUGGGAGGAACAGCAAAGGAAAGAACAAGAGGAGGAGGACCGGAAAAAACAAGUGAAGAGAGAGAGAGAGGAAGCUGUGCAGAAGAUGUUGGACCAGGCUGAAAGUCAGGUAGAAAAUGGAACCACCUGGCAUAAUCCAGAGCCCCCAGAGAAUAUGGGACGUGAGAAAGAUUGUGCCAAUUGCCCGUUCUAUAUAAAAACUGGAGCUUGCAAAUUUGGAGACAGAUGUUCGCGGAGGCAUAACCAUCCAACCUCUAGUCAGACACUCCUUAUUAGGGGUAUGUUUUUUACUUUUGGGAUGGAGCAGUGUAAAAGAGAUGACUAUGACACAGAUGCAAGCCUGGAGUACAGUGAGGAAGAAAUGCACCAACAGUUCCUAGAUUUCUAUGAAGAUGUACUUCCUGAAUUCAGGAAUGUGGGAAAGGUUAUUCAGUUCAAGGUCAGCUGCAACUUUGAACCUCAUCUUCGAGGAAAUGUUUAUGUUCAGUACCAAACAGAACAAGAAUGCCAGCAAGCUUUUGCUUUAUUCAAUGGUCGGUGGUAUGCAGGUCGGCAGCUUCAAUGUGAAUUUUCUCCAGUAACAAGGUGGAAAACAGCUAUUUGUGGUUUGUUUGAAAGGCAAAAGUGUCCAAGAGGGAAGCAUUGCAACUUUCUUCAUGUGUUCAGAAAUCCAAACAAUGAGUUCUGGGAGGCCAACAGAGAUAUUUACAAUACCUCGGAAUGGACCAAAGAGCCAAGUAAAUAUUCAGAAAGGAGAAACAGAGCGGGAUACCAUGAAAACUAUUAUAGGAGGUCAAGAAGAAGAAGUAGUCUAAGUCCAGAUCACGCUUACAGCAAAAGAAACGGAGACUCUGAAAGGGAAAAGAGUUAUCACAAACAUAAGAAAAGACAAUUUCCUGAGAGGUCACGAAGUCGUGGAAGGCGACGGUCACGUAGUAAGAAGAAAAGAGGCCGGAGUCGUAAUAGGAGCCCGACACGUAGCCGUAGCAGAAGUUCCUCUCGGUCGAGAAGUAGAGGUAGAAAACGAUCCAGCAGCAGAGGUAGAAAUAGUUGAAUUUGUUGCUGAACUACUUUUAAAGAUACUUGUGGAUAUAAAAAUUUGGUGCUUACCAGAGCUGUUGCAUACUAGAGACCUGCCUGUGCCCUAGAAAUAAAGCUCAUGUGGGCUAUAUUUUUUGCAAUGAUUAUUUAAGGGUGAGAAUACAUCUCACAAUCUUCAAAACUUGUUUACCCAAUUAUUUGCUAUUCUGUCAUGGAAGUCUGGUGUUCUUUAUAAAUCCCCCACUCAUUCUAAUGUAAAAAGUGUACCAUAGUUAAGCAAUUGUGCCAAGGUUCUAUCUAUCUUUCUGUUUAGAGAUUUGUAAAUAAAUUCAGUGUGUGAUUUUGUUUCUUAAAAUGGCAAAAUAACUUUUUGGUGGAUAGGAUACAAAAAGCCCUUUUUAAGAAUUAUUUAGAACUGUUAGGGCUAAGGUGGGGACAAAACAAACAAGGCAUGGUUCUUACUCUGCAGCUAUCUUCCUUUGUUUGCAUGUGAAAUGUUUUGGUACACCAAUUUAGGGAGUAGUUCAAAACAAGCAACUUGUCUAAUGUGUUUUGGUCUGAAUAAAAGUGGAAAGCACCAGAGCACACAAUAAAACACAUGUAUACAUAAUCACAUCUUUCUGGAUCAGCACAACAUACUCCAAAGUGUAGAAUACAGCUCUUAUUUCAGGGGGUAUUGCUAGGAACAAAUUAGCUGCUAUGUGUGGGUGGAGUCAAGAGGCUGUGUUUUUUUCCCUUGUUUGUAAGUAUAGGACAAGUUAGUAUUACUGGCCUCUGAAGGCGUGCUUGCUGUUUUGAUAAUGGAAUACAGAUCUAAAGCACCAAUGUGCAUCCUCUUAUAUAUCAGAAUUGGGAAAUGGGUUGCGCAGUUUUAGCCCCGCUUCAGACAUCUAUUCUUAGCCAUAUAUUUCUUGUAGUUUGCAGGAUCCACCUGAGACUCUUUUUUACGAUCCCGAGUCAUGCACCAUCCAGAUUAAAACACAGCUCUCAGGUGUUUUACUGCAAGUGGUAUUCUAAUGCACUAACUUUAGCAACCUAGCAGUUCGAAAGCACGUCAAAGUGCAAGUAGAUAAAUAGGAACCACUACAGCGGGAAGGUAAACGGCGUUUCCGUGUGCUGCUCUGAUUUGCCAGAAGCGGCUUUGUCAUGCUGGCCACAUGACCUGGAAGCUAUACGCCGGCUCCCUCGGCCAAUAAUGCGAGAUGAGCGCGCAACUCCAGUCGGUCACGACUGGACCUAAUGGUCAGGGGUCCCUUUACCUUUACCUAACUUUAGCAAACAGCUGCGAGCAAACAUUCUCUUUUUGGAAUGCGGGUUUCUAGAGGUUCAGCCAGGGGUAAAAAAUAUUAGGUUGAGGGGAGCUUAUGUGAAAGUUAUUGAAAGCUGUUUGCCUAGAAGCAUUAUUCAUGGUUUUCUGGUGCCUGGAACAUACUGCCAAAGGGAUUUACAUAAGCCCUAUUCAGCUGUCUUAUGUCAUUACAA